GAGCUGCGAGAAGUAAAGAGAAUUGCUGAGCGUCGCGUCACCCGAUUUUGUGUAUUAACUACAAACAGUAACCAAUAAAUUUAAACAAUAAACUAAAUUAUAAUCAAACUACUCUAAAAACAGUAACAAAAAUACAAUUUCUCCGAAAACAUAAUAGCCAUAACAGUAAAGAAACAAACUAUAAUUUGCAUAUGCGUGUAUCUGUAUGAGUGUCGCUACCGCCUGUACGCGAGUGUGUGUUAGUGUGAUUGUUUGCGCUUUAGAAUAACGCAACCAGAAAACGUAGCUGAAAAGAAAAUCAAUUCUGGAAAAAGUUUGUAAAUUUCUAACAAGCAGGCAGCAAUAUACAUAUGUAAAGGUUAUAACGUUAAAUGCGAACAACAACGUCGAUAAUACAAUAAAGCCUCUUUGGGAAGGGCAGCGCACACAGCAACCAAAAUAUCAACAGCAACGACAAAAAAUUGACUGGCAAGACAGACAGCCAGCCGCUUACAACAACAAAGCUGUCAACGGUGUUGCCGACGCAGCAUCGUAUCGUCGUUACGUCAUUGCCGACGCUGACGUCGACGUCGCGCAGUAGCAGCAGCGCGAUCCACAACCAACGACUCGGUUGUUGUUGUUGUGGCUUGGCAUACUUCAACGUCGUACUCUGUGUGCUGUAAAUCAGGCAAUUGUUUUGCACUUUUCGCAACAACAACUACAACAACAAAAAGCAGCAAGAACAACAACAGUGAAAAAAGCGACGACUACGAAUGGCGAAGGCGACGACCACCGAUAAUUAUUAAAAUAAAACGAAAUAGUAGGCGAGAGACAGACAAAACAAAAGCGAGCCAGCCAGUUAGUGUCGCGACUCGUGAGAGAGGUUUGACUACACUGAGAGCAAAACGAGAGCGCGAGAGCAGCGCUGAAAAGACGAAAGCUUCGCUGUGUGCCUUCGUUCCAUUCCCAUUGCGUUCCGUACGCUCUCUUCCACCAGUCGACUGCUUAGCAGGCAGGCAAGCAGGCCACCAAUUCUUUGGCUCAGUGUAAAUUUGUGUGCGUUUCAGUUCGUUUCGUUGGACGAGUUAGACAAACAAGAAAUUCGUUUCGAUGGUUGGUGCUUUUUAACCUUUUUUUGGAAACGUUCAAACGCAAAUGAUAUGCAUAGAUAACGCAAAUCUUUAGCAGCCAACUGCGACAACAACGCGUCAAGCUUGAUAAAUAACCAAGUCUGAUGUAAAUAUAAACAGUUGCACCGAUACAAACAUACACAGUGUGUAUGUAUUUGUAGGUACUACUCGUAUGUAUAAAAAAUCUUCACACAUAGCAAGCGUUCCUGUACUCAAAGCAUUCCUACACGCAAAACAAAAACAAAAUACGUCAGCAGCAAUACAAACAAAAACAACAGCAACAACGAGACACAAUAAACAUCACGAAAUCGCAAGAAAUUUCUAACAUAAUUAACAAACAAAAACAACAACAGCAAAUAGCGCCGCAUAACCUCAGAAAUAGUACAUACAAUACGUUUAUAUGUACGAACGUGCCGCGCAACACACACAUACGAAUGUACAUAUGAAUAAAUAAUAACAAAAUUAAUUCAAGCCCAAAUCAAAAUAAAUGUUUAGAAAAGUGUUAAGCUCAAUAAUUAAACAAAAUUUAACAAACCAAGGCAACAAAUUUAUAAUUUUAAGAAUUAGGCAAAAUUCAAAUACGCACAGCCCAUAGCGUAAUUCGUAAUCAAAUUAUACAUAAAUAUACAUAUAAAUAUUUAAAAAAAAAAAAACAAAAACAAAAAAAUACGUUGGCCAAAUAUAUAAAUAGUUUAAAAUUUUAAUAAAAAACGACGUCAACAAACGAAAUCGGAAGUCAAUCAGAGGUUUUUUUCUUCUGACAACUGCUGGCCAAGAGGAGAAAGCAACACAUUUACUCGUACAUAAAAACAUAAAUACCUAUGUACAUGUAUGCACACACUUCCUACCUAUAUGCUGUAUAUUCUAAACUAAACUAAUAAUCAAAGGCCGCAUCUUGCUUAUCGCCAUUGGGGUUAGCGUAUGCGUUGCAUGCAGCAGCGCUGUAGUUGCCCUAAUUGCCUAUCGUAGUAGCAGAAUACGUCAAAAACGACGUUCGAAGAGGACCAGGAGCAGGAGCAGACGGCGCCAGCAAAGUGGCAGCAACAGUAACAGCAACUGCAACAUCAAGAGCAACAGCAGCAGCAGCAACAUUGUUGCCAACAGCCGCCAUCACGAGGACGACGACGACGAGGACGAGGCGACAACAACAGCAACUAGAACAGCUGCCGCCGCCAACGCCUCCUCCGCCGCCGCCGUCGCUGCUCUGGCCCUGCCACUAACACCAACUUCAGCGCAAGAGCAUCAAGCAGCAACAACAACAAGAGCUGCAGCUUCAACAGCAACAACAAGAACAAGACUUUUGCCAACAGAGCCGGAACAUUCUGUACCCAUGAUAUCGGUACAGACGGCCGGCUGCGCGGGAAUGGAGCGGCUCCGCGUUCCGUCCCGCACAUCGUUGAGCACACAACCCGAUGAUAGGGAUCAAUUUAUAUGUAGAGUGCGCGUCGAUACGCUCCAAGCACGUGAGCUUUUGGCAGCACGCGGCGAAACUGUGAUUCGUAGCAACAGCAGCAGCAGUAGUGGCAACAAUCAGCACCAACAGCAACAUCACAAUAAGCAACAACAUUCCCACCAUCAACACCAACAACAACACCAUCUGUAUCAGCAACAACAACGCAUGACAACUCCGCACAGUUCAAGCGCUAGUGGCAGUCACCAGCAACAGCAACAGCAACAACAAUUGGGCAGCAACAACAACAAUAGUAUUAACAACUACGGCAACAAUGUGGCGCGAGGUGGCAUUGAGGCAACCACACUCAAGUACGGCAACACAGGUAGUGGGAGCUACAAAGGUGGCAUGCAGAGCAACUCCUCCACAUCGACGACAUCGACAUCCUCGUGCAACUCACUAAACAGCCACAGCAAUGAGCAUCACCAACAUUACCAAUACCAGCUGCAGCAGCAGCAGACGCCACGUUGCCCGCACCACGUGCCACUGCCGGACUGCGAGUAUGGGCAGGACCGUCAUCUGCAGAUACGCAGCAGCUACCAGCAAUCGGAAAUCACGCGCUCCUACACAAAGCCGCCGCCCAAUAAGACAGUGCGCGACGUGCCCGAACAAAUCUCUGCUGCCUGUUCAGGCACCAGCUACCGCCUGAAUUCCUCAAGUGCGUCCACACUGCAUGCGGCAUCCACAGCUGGUGCCACGUACCCUUUGACUGGCGCAUCAGGAUCCGCCGCCACAGCAACAAAAUCGAAGCCCAACGCCAUAACAAAGUUCUUCUCACGGAUCAGCUCGCCCAAGUCGCCCACAGCGCUAACAGCGGCCCCUGGUGUUUCACCGACGCUAGCUGCUGGAGCAGGCUCAUCGCUCGCCUCUUCCGCGUCCAUGUCGUCAUCAGCCUCCUCGCUGGCAUCUUCGGCAGGCAUGUCAUCGUGUGUGUCCACCUCCUCGUCGGCCUCAUCGCUGGCAGCGGCACCACUGCCCACACUUCCCAUCUCCAAUGCCGCUACGCUCAAGAGCACCGCCUGCAGCUUUGGAGCCAAUGCAGCAACAACUAUGGCAGCACCAUCGGGGAGCAUCUAUGCCGGCUUGGCGCCCACCACACAACUCUUGACCAGCCUUGGGACGCCCGCCACAGCCACAAUAACAGCCACAGCCGCAGCGACCGCCAGCAUACCAGAACGCAUACCCACGCCACCUCUGUCCGUGUCUGUGCCCAUUGGAGCUGGCCUGCAGCUCCUCAAGAGCAGCAGCUGCAAUUUACCAGCUGCCUGUGAAACGUCCUCCAUGGCCACUGUUGGUGUUGAGCCGCCGACGAUGACGACGACAAUGACAAUGAGUCGCAAUAAUUCCAAUUCGAGCAUGAUGAGCUGCAAUUGCAAUUGCAACAGCAGGAACUGCAGCAACUGUGCCGGUUCAGGCGCAGGCAACUCAUAACUGAGCUCAUGUUAAGUUUUAUGUUAGUUUACAUUACGUUUACAGUUAAAGUUACAUUAACAGAUUUAUUUGUGUAGGUCUGGUCGCCACCGCCGCGCUGGUACGAAAAGACUGUUUAUUAGUCAGAAUUUAAUUUGUAAAUGAGCAGACAAAGAGAUGA